AUGGACGAAUCGGAGAUAUUGGGGCUUCACAAUGCUUACCGCGAAAAAUAUGAGCAAGACUUCAAACCAAACACCCUCACAUUUGUAGCUGAAAGCGAAAUUGUUUCAAAAUAUAUUUCAGAUCUUUGCCAGAACGCAACAGGUCAAGGAACAAUAUCUCAAAAGCAAGCAUUUGAGCUUAAGAAUAGAGUAAUUUACAUUGUAAUUUUUUAUUUAGCUUGAGCAAUACCAAGAACAAGCAGGACUCCUGGACCCUCAUCUAGAACAAUGAAUUACCCCUCUAAUGGAAACAGUCAGAUUUAUAGUAAGAAAUUCAGGAGAUCCUCACUUUUUAUUAGAACUUGUGUAUACUCUAUGCAAAAUCAGAGGCUCUAAAACAAUUGUAAAGUUUUUCCCACACGAAGUAAGCGACCUUGAGCCAGUUUUUUACUACUUAACUCCCUCCCCUCCGUGAGCGAACAAAACCAUUAAAAAAACCACCUUCCGUGACAAAAACUUUUUAUGGAAAAAAAUUUUAUAUAUAUGUGAUAAUUAUCAUGAAAUCUGGAGCUAAUUCUAUAAUUUUAAACAAAUUGCAUUUUAAAUUAUAAAAUUUUACAAAAAUUAAAUUAAUAUUUGCUUUCCAAUUUUCGAGAAGUGGGAUUUUUUUAAAAAAUUUAUAUAUAAAAUUUAAAAAAAAAUCAGCCCCCUUCGUGAGCGAACAAGAUUUCUUGUUCUCUUACGGAUUGGGGGUAGUAAGCAACUUAACUGAAGGGACACUGUGGCAAAGCCAUUAUUCUCUUCUGAUUUGGCUUAGCAUCAUAGUAAUAGUUCCAUUUGAUUUGGAGACAAUCGACUCGAACGGAGAUCUAGUUAAAAGGUUUUUAGAUUUAGGCAAGAAAUUCUUAGAGCACACUGGAAGGCCUCGAGAUGCAGCUGGGAUGAUGAUUGCGAAACUUCUGACAAGGCCUGAUAUAUUAAGGAAAGGAUAUUUAGAAGAAUUUAUAGACUGGUCUGUAGCCAUUGUUAGGUCAGCCCAGGAAUUUUUAAAGCUUGGAGUUCUUUUCACAGGUGUGGAAAUAUUUACCCAUGGGCAAAGAUCAGAAUUGCUUCCUUACCUUACCAAAAUGUCAGUACUUCUUCACAAGGAAGAAAACGAAAAUAUGUUUUCCCGACAGCUAAAAGUAAAAUUGGCAGGUCGGCUAGCACUUAUACAACUAAAACCUAUUGUAGCUAGCUGAAGAUAUUUCAGAGGCUCAAGAUCACUUGUAGCCAACCUUGAAUCCAAGUCUCAGCAAACCAAAAUCAUCACAAAUGCCCAAGCACAUACCUUAAAAGCAAGAACCCAAGCCCAAGAAAACGAUGACAGCUCUAUGGAUGCCGACGUUGACUACGAACUCUUAGAAGGACAAAUUGAUGCAAUUUUACAAGGCUUAAGAGAUAGAGAUAACGUCGUCAGAUGGAGCGCCGCAAAAGCUAUAGGAAGAAUUACAGGAAGAUUAGAUAAAGAGCUUGGAGAUGAAAUUGUCCCACAGAUUUUAGAGCUGUUUUCGCCGACUGAAACUGAUUCAGCUUGGCAUGGCGGAUGUUUAGCUUUAGGAGAACUUGCAAGAAGAGGGCUUUUAUUACCAAACAGGCUUGAUCAGGUAUUUCCUUUGCUAUAUCAAGCUCUUUUAUAUGAUAAAAAACAAGGAAACCACUCAAUAGGAGCUCAUGUGAGGGACGCUGCCUGCUAUCUUGCCUGGUCUUUUGCAAGAGCUUAUGCCCCUGAAGAAAUGUCAAAACAUUUAAGUGAGCUCUCCAGACACUUGCUGCUUGUAUGUCUUUUUGAUAGAGAAAUUAACUGCAGACGUGCAGCUUCAGCUGCAUUCCAAGAACAUGUAGGGCGUCAAGGUAGCUUUGCACAUGGCAUCGAAAUUUUGACCGAAGCUGACUAUUUUACGCUUGGGAACAGAAACCAUGCAUAUUUACAUGUGAGUUGUUUUGUUGCACAGUAUCCUGAGUAUUUGCAUUCACUUGUUGACCAUUUGGUGGAGGUAAAAUUAAAGCAUUGGGAUAUCAUUAUAAGGCAACUGGCUGCUUGCUCUUUGUCUGUGCUGGUUCCGUUUGACCCGAAUUAUUAUAUACAAGUGGUGAUACCAAAACUUCUGCCGGAGGUAUAUGAUAAUAAUUUAAUAACAAGGCAUGGAGCUAUUUUAGGGGUUGGAGAAAUUGUUGUAGGAUUAGCGGGAAGAAGCGCUCUGAAUAAUGACCCUAAAACUAUUGAAAAAAUGAUGUAUAAGCAUUCAGUGAACUAUUAUAUGCUUAAAUCCAGUGAAGAAGCCUUAGACGGCGAUAAGGCAAUAUUAAAAGACAGUGAAAACAGCAGAUUAUUCAAAGAAUAUUACAAAAAGCUCCAGAGUGUCUCACAUCUAGACCUUAUCCCUACUCAGCUUUUUAACCAAGUCAAAGAAAUCGUUCCUACAAUAGAGAAAAAGAGGCUUUACCGAGGCAAAGGUGGACAGAUCAUAAGAAUUGCAGUCUGCCGAUUUUGUGAAUGUUUAGCGAAAUCAAGCAUUGUACUAUCAGGGAAUUUAAUUAUAAAAAUCCAAGAAACUUUAAAUGAAAGCGUCAUGCAUAAUGCUCCAGAGGUUUCUGAUGCUGCACAAGCAGGCUUAAGCGAAUUUAGUAAGACUUAUCAUAACUCCCCAGGUGCCCAAUUGGUGGAAAUAACGUUGAAAAAAUAUCUGAAGACAAUGCAGGAGUUUAACUCUAAUAAAGAAAUUCCUGCAAAUAUUGCUAGAGGGUCUGCGUCAGGGAUAGGAUGCUUGAAUUUUACUUUGAUAAGCACGAUGCCAAAAGAAGCGAUUUUUGCUUUGAUUGAAGCUACAAAAAUAAGAGGGACUGAGUUAGAUGACCCAGAGACUCGUAGAAACGCAGCUUCAGCGCUUGGACAGUUGAUUUCUUUUAUGAUAGAAAAUUCAAAGACACUAAAUCCUGGAAAUGUAAGGUUUGAGGAUGAGCUGCCAGUUCAUGAGUUUGAUAAUGAAUUGGUAAAUAUAGUAUUUGACUGCCUAUAUUCUUGCACAGAAGACUAUACAAAUGACAAAAGAGGCGAUGUUGGAAGUUGGGUCCGAGGUGCCGCAAUCCAAUCAUUACAGAUGAUUGUAUCAACCGGAAUAGCAAUUUCAGAGCCAGCUUGGGAAAAAAUAAUUUGUGUAUUACUCCGUCAGCUAGUCGAAAAAAUCGAUAGACUCCGACAGCUGGCUGGCGAUAUCAUUACUAGCCUUCUACAAAACUUUACACUUCCAGCCUGGAGCCAAAUUCUUCUCCCUAUUUUUGUCUAUAACCAAGGCUAUAUGCAGCAGUUCAAAGAAACCCAAGAAAAGCUGCAAAAAACUGAGUCACUUCCAGACCAGUCAGAAAUGCCAAUCCAAUCAAUUACUUCAAACUACGAGAGAUCAAGCUUAUGGAGUGUCCCCAAUUUUGCAUUCCCCUUAGUUGUCCCAUUACUUAAUGAAAGCCGCUUCAGACGUGACAUGAUAAGAGGAAUUAUCGUCAGCGUCGGAGGAAUCACUGAGUCCACCGUAAAAAGCUCCUCAGAAGAACUCGUAAAAUACGCAAAAAGAAAUAAAGAAAUCGUGUGGGAUUUAUUGAACAUUUUUAAAGAAGCUGAAGAAAGGCUGCAGAUUCCAUUUAUGAAGACGUGGAGCUUGCUAUUUAAGCAUAUUCCAAGCAUCAAUGAGAUGAGCGAGUUUGGCCAUCAGCUGCUGCUUGUGACGCAGGAAUCCAUAAAAGCAAGCAAAGAUAUCCAUAAAUGGCUGAAUUCGUUAGGAGUUUUUACAGCGCUGCUGGAUAAUCCACAAUGCUCAAGAGAAGCCUUGAGAAUUAUGGUAGGAGCUCUUGGGCAGGCAUAUCCAAAGGUAAGGGCACAAGCGGCGCAAAAUCUGUAUUCAUUUUUCUUAGGUGUUGAUUCACACAGUACUUUUUGCAGCUCGGAAGAAGCGUUUAAUAAGAUGGUUGACAUGAUUAUCAACACUUCGUGGAUUUUAAGUCUAAAAGAAGUAAGGCCGGUGAGAAAUGAAAUAUUUUUGCUGUUAGGGAUGGAGCCACCUAAGGUUAAAGUAACAGCCAAAAAAGAUGAAGAUUCGAAGGAACAAGAAGACGAGAGCUAUAAAUCACUAGUGAGAGAAAUGGGCUAUUAA